AUGGAGGACGAUCCGACGGCUCACGACUCGCCGCCGUCGUAUCACAGAGCGGUCGACGUGAAUCCGCACAUCGCGAUGCUGAGACGGCGCCGCGCCAUGUACAGCAGCAGCAGAUCGCACUACUUGUCGGCGCUUAUCAAGCAGAAUCUGCCCUACAUAGUCAUCGCGGUUCUGCUCAUUCUGUUACUUAUUCAAAACCGGCGGCAACAACAGCUAGCGACUGUCUCGAAUGGGGGGAAUGGCGCAGCAGGUGGGGCGGGCGCGGGAGGGGGAGCCGCAGGGGCAGGGGCUAAGUCUGCAGCGGGAGAGAAAGCGGAAGCAGGGAAGGGGGGCGGGGGGCAAGCGGGGGCGGGGCAAGCGCACGGGAGGGGGACUGACGGCGGGGACAGCGGGAGGGGGGGCGGGCAGGGGCGUCAGGAGGAGGUAUUGCAGCCACAACAGGGGGGACAGGCGCAGCGGGGGGCGCAGGCGCAGCAGGAGGGGGGAGCGGGGACCACUGCAGGGGCGGCGGGAGCAGCAGCAGCGGGGGGAGAGGCCGACACUUUCGGCCACUUCGACCCACAAUCCGAUCUGAGUGACACGGAGAAGAGGCGCGAACUGGUGAAGGCGAUUCUAGAGGACCCGAACUCAAAGGUGGCAAAGGAGGUGACGCGCAACAACGUGUUCCGCGAGCACAUGCCGACGUUUGGGUUCGUGCAGUUCGCAAGCUACCGCAUGAGCGAGAGCAAGUUCGCCGUGGUGGGGCUGGCGUCCCGCGUGCUCAAGACCUCCCGCGAGCUGGGGCGGUGCCUGUGGAAGGAGAAGCACGGCGGCCAUAGAGUCACGGGGGCAGCUCGUGGGGGGAAGGAGUUGGAGAUGGGUGAGAUGGAUGGAAUAGGGGAAGGUGGUGAGCAGGAUGGGGUUGGGAGGGAGAUAGCAGUGGAAGUGAGGGGGACCUACUACCCUGGCGACGACCACAACAAGCGGUACGAGGCGGUGGUGCUGGUGUGCGAGCUAGAGGAGUCCACCGCGCAGGACUUUGGCGGAAUCCUCGUGGUAACCGUGGACAAGGAGGACAUCGUCUCGUACAUAGAAGACCAGGGCCAGUACCCCUCCGCCAACCCUGCCCCAGCCCUACCCCCACCGCCUCACCUACUGCUCGCCGCCGCUCGCCACGAAGCUCAUCCCCAUGCGGAUCCGGAGAUCAUGGGGCUGAUAGAGGGCUUUGUGGAGGGCGGGUACGUGCAGAUCGUGGACAUGCGGCGCGUGGAGCAGUUUGACAUCUGGGAGUCCGGGCGGCUGCUGGCGAUGAAUGACUGUGUGCACCAGCACGCGUUCACCAGCCAGUGGGUGUUCUUUGCCGAGCUGAGCGAGUACUUCUCGUCGAGGUCCGGGGAGGAUAUGGCGGCGGUGCUGAGCCGGUUUGAGGGGCGGCCGUACGUGUCGUUUGGGAGCCGGUGGUGGUCCCUUGAGAAGUGCGUUCAGGUGGAGGGUGCUGGGGGAGGGGUAGCGGGAGGGGUAGGGAGGGGUACGGGUGGGAGGAGCUUGCUUGGUGUGGCGGGUGGGGGGGGUGGAGGAGGGUCGGCGUUAAGAGCGAUGGGUAAUGGCACGGGAGCUGGUGCAGAUGCAGGUGCUGAUGCUGUUCGCACUGCUGGCACCACUGGUGGUGGUGCUACUGCUGGUGCUGGUGGUGGCGGUGGCGCUGCUACUGCUGGGACGGCAGGCGCUACUGGUGGUGCUGCUGCUGCUGCGGUUGCUGGUACUGGUGGUGGUUCUGUUGGUGCUGCAGGAGGUGGUGGUGGUGGUGGUGGUGUUGGUGCAUCUGGUGGUGGAGCCGGUGCUGCUGGUGGCGGCAUCGGCACAGGCGGUGCUGCUGGCACUGCCGCUGGUGCCACCACUGCCGCUACCACCACCACCAUCACCACCACCACAGCAGCAGCAGCCGCCCAACCACCCCCAGCAGUCUCACCGGUAUGGGCAGUGGAGCGCAUGCGCUUCCACUGGCCGCAGCUGUUCUGCACAAACAAGGACGAGUACCCGCGUGCCGAGAUGUGCCUCGGCGAAUUCGGCUACCGCCGCGUCGCCGUGGACCCGCGGCAGGUCAUGACGGUCCUCGUGCACCGCACCAGCGUGCCGGAGAUGGGCGGCGACGACUUGGACGCUAGUGAGGCGCGGUUUAACCGGUACCCGCUGCUGACGGAGGAGACGAGGAAAGCGUGCCAGCGGGAGGUGCGGGCGGGGGAGGUGGUGGAGUGGUGGGUGCGGGACGCUGAGGUGGCGGAGAUUGCUGAGAAGGCGAGGAAGAGCCCUAAAGGGCGCCCGCGGGUUGGGUCUGAGUUGGCUUCGGCUCGAAGAUGA